CGCCGCCGCCGCAGCCGCGAGGCGGAGAGACCCGACGCGCCACCGCCGCCGACCUACCGGUCGCUGGCCGCGCCCGUCGCCAGCCCCGUCGACAAGUUCGCGCUCCUCCCCGCCUUCCUCCAGGUCAGAGGCCUCGUGAAGGAGCACAUUGAGUCCUUCAACUACUUCAUCACCAAAGGAAUGGAGAACAUUGUGAAGGCAAAUGACCGUAUUGAGGCGCUCGAAGACCCAUCCAUUUGGCUUAGGUACACUGGAAUACGUGUCGGCGUGCCCUCGAUACGCUCAGACUUUAGCACUGAGGCGCUCACACCGCAAGUUUGCCGCCUUAUUGAUCGCACUUACUCUGCUCCUUUAACCGUUGGUAUUGAAUACACCACAAAAGUUCGAGGGACAACAUCAUAUCCACAGCAGGGAAGUGCCAUCAUUGGGUACAUGCCUAUUAUGCUUAGAAGUCGUGCCUGUGUUUUGAAUGGAAAGGAUGAAGAUGAACUAGCAAGAUAUGGUGAGUGCCCUCUUGAUCCUGGUGGUUACUUCAUUGUGAAAGGAAAUGAGAAGGUCCUUCUUAUACAAGAACAACUAUCAAAGAAUCGUAUCAUUAUUGAGACCGACAGUAAAGGAAGGGUGACUGCAUCUGUUGUGAGCAGCACACACCAAAAGAAAAGCAAGACCAUUGUUGUUAUGGAGAAGGAGAAGAUUUAUCUACAGUUGAAUCAAUUUACUAAGCUGAUUCCUAUAAUGGUUGUUAUGAAAGCCAUGGGAAUGGAAAGUGAUCAAGAGAUUCUACAAAUGAUUGGACGAGAUCCAAGAUAUGGGGACCUCCUGUUUUUAUCUAUUCAGGAAUGUGCCUCAGAGAGAAUAUAUACACAAGAGCAAGCUCUUCAGUACAUGGAUGGCAAGUUGAAGUAUCCCGAUUCAGGAAAUCUGAAGGAAAGUCGGUCAAAAUCAAUACUCCGUGAUGUUUUUCUUGCGCAUGUGCCGGUCAAUAAUGGGAACUUCAGAGCAAAGUGCAUUUACACUAGCGUAAUGUUAAGGCGCAUGAUGGAUGCAAUCUUGAAUGCUGACACUUUUGACGAUAAGGAUUACGUAGGAAAUAAGAGGCUGGAACUGUCUGGUCAACUACUAUCGCUGCUAUUCGAGGAUUUGUUCAAAACAAUGAAUGCUAAUGCUGUGAAGAAUAUGAGCGCACAAAGUAGAAAAGCCCAAACAGAUAGUUUUAAGCAGAUAAUAGAGAAGAAUGUUACCAUAACCUCUGGUUUGGAGAGGGCUAUUAACACAGGAAAUUGGGACAUAAGCCGAUUUGGGAUGAGUAGAAAGGGAGUAUCACAGUCUCUUUCUAGGCUAUCCUACAUUGCAUCUGUAGGCUACAUGACACGCAUAUCACCGCAAUUUGAGAAGACCCGGAAAACAAGUGGACCUCGUGCAUUGCAGCCUAGCCAGUGGGGUAUGCUUUGCCCAUGCGAUACUCCUGAAGGGGAACUUUGUGGAUUGACAAAAAAUUUAGCUUUGUUGGCUCAUGUUACAACAGAUCAAGAGGAUGGCCCACUCAUAAAUCUGUGUUAUACUCUAGGUGUGGAAGAUUUAUCAAUUCUAUCAGGAGAAGAAAUUCAUGCACCAGGUUCAUUUUUGGUCAUGUUCAAUGGAUUAAUACUGGGGAAACAUAGGCAACCUCAGAUAUUUGCUAAUUCUAUGAGAACAUUGCGUCGGUCAGGCUACAUUGGGGAGUUUGUAAGCAUUUUUGUAAAUGAGAAGCAGCAUUGCAUUCACAUUGCCUCUGAUGGUGGUCGUGUUUGUCGCCCACUUAUAAUCGCUGAUAAGGGGAGAUCAAGUGUCCAAGAGCAUCAUAUGAAACAACUGAGGGAUGGUAUACUCUCAUUUGAUGAUUUUCUGCGUGAUGGGUUGAUUGAAUAUCUUGAUGUCAAUGAAGAGAAUAAUGCAUUGAUUGCAUUGUAUGAGCAUGAGAAUCAAGAUGAUGUUCAAAGAAGCAGAAUCACACACAUUGAAAUAGAGCCGUUGACUAUACUAGGAGUUGUGGCUGGACUUAUUCCUUAUCCACACCAUAACCAAUCUCCACGUAACACUUAUCAGUGCGCAAUGGGUAAGCAAGCAAUGGGCAAUAUUGCAUAUAAUCAGUUGUUCCGGGCAGAUCCUCUACUAUAUUUGUUGGUGUAUGCGCAGCGUCCCCUGCUUACAACGAAAACAAUCGAGUUGGUGGGAUAUGAUAAGCUUGGGGCUGGGCAGAAUGCAACUGUUGCUGUCAUGAGUUACAGUGGAUAUGAUAUUGAAGAUGCAAUUGUAAUGAAUAAAUCAUCCCUUGAUCGAGGUUUUGGUCGCUGCAUAGCAAUCAAAAAGUACAAGGUCACUAUGCAGAAGUAUGGAAAUAAUAUAUCAGAAAAGAAUGUUAAACCGGAGAGGGAUAAAGAUGGUGUUUUGAUGAAAAAGAAUAUGCAGGCAUUGGAUGAAGAUGGAUUUGCGGCACCAGGUCGAAUAAUCCACAAUCAUGAUAUCUAUGUGAAUAAGAAAACUCCCAAGAUAAUUCCUGAUGAUACUGCAAACAGUCCUGCCGUUAGAUUAACAGACAGGGAUUACAAGGACUCACCUGCUGUUUACCGAGGUGAUGAUGACGAAACUACUGUAGUAGAUCGUGUAAUACUUUCAUCAGAUACAAAUGACCAAUUGACCAUUAAAUGUAUGAUCCGUCACACAAGGAGGCCAGAGGUCGGUGACAAAUUUAGUAGCAGACAUGGACAGAAAGGUGUUUGUGGUACCAUUAUUCAGCAGGAAGACUUCCCCUUCUCUGAGAGAGGAAUAUGCCCUGACUUAAUUAUGAAUCCCCAUGGAUUUCCAAGUCGUAUGACAAUAGGCAAAAUGCUUGAACUUGUUGGGGGGAAGGCUGGCGUGUCGUGUGGUCGAUUUCAUUAUGGCAGUGCAUUUGGUGAACCAAGUGGUAAUGCUGAUAAAGUUGAGGACACGGGCUAUAUUCUUGUCAAGCACGGCUUCAACUAUCAUGGAAAAGAUUUAUUGUACUCAGGCAUUUUAGGCCAUCCUCUUGAGACAUAUAUCUUCAUGGGGCCAAUCUACUAUCAGAAGCUGAAGCACAUGGUUCUUGAUAAGAUGCAUGCUCGAGCUAGUGGACCACGAGUUACGAUGACCAGGCAGCCUACUGAAGGGCGAAGCCAUAAUGGAGGCCUGCGUGUUGGUGAGAUGGAGCGUGAUUGCUUACACUACCAGAAACGCGACUAAGCGUGUGGGCCAACAGCCGUCAGGAAAAUAAAACUGACAGGAACAACCGACAGCCAUAGCCUGCCAGGAAUGAAACAAUAUGCCUGCCGGUCGGCCCACAGGAAUAUUAUUGCUGUCGGUUAUUCCUGACGGUUGGCUCACACGAAGGAAAUGCUCUGUCAGAUUUAUGCCUCCCGGAAAAUACAUAUUCCUGUUAACCACCUGUCAGUAAAGGCCGCCAGGAAAUUUGUACUAGGAGGCAUUCCUACCAACUUAUACCUGUAGGUUCAGCCGACAGGAAUUUGUGCUAGGAAAGCUGCAACGUUCGUGCAUUCCUGUCAGCCGUUGGCCGUCACUGUUGCAUCAUGAUGUUUUUUUUCAUAUUCCUGCCGGAAAAGCAAUGUGCUUAACCCAGAUGCUACAGAUGUUACAUUAUUUCACAGAGACCAUGUGAGAAUAGAUUUAUAUGACAA